AUGAAACAACAUACGACUACAGCAUUUUCUACUCCUUCAGCCAAGCUAAAUAAACAAUGUCAUGAUAUAUUUAAUAAUCGAUAUGUUCUUACUGGUAUUCAUUAUCAUUUAAGUCAAUUCUAUGGUUUGAUAAUAAAAACUUCAAUUGUACGUUAUCGUCGUUGGACAUUAACACUUAUUGUUUUAUUAUUACCUAUUUUAUACAAUCUUCUAUCAAAUUUAAUAUCUCGUAGUGAGAAUGAAAAUGGCAUAUUUAAAAUGAAUUUAAAGUCUCUUAAUCCACAAACAUUUGUAUAUCAUGCAGAUCCAAAUAUGGAAAAAUAUAUUCGUGCAUCUGUUAGUGGUUCCAUACUUGAACAAGGAUCAGCAAAUAUAUCCGAAAUGAAUCAAAACAUUUGGCAAAAACGAAUGGAUCAUCCGUAUACAUAUACAGAUAUUUAUCUUGGCUUUAUUAUUCCUAAACCAAAUGGAAAUAAAUAUAAAAUUCAAGCAUUAUCAUCAAAUUUAAUAUCUGGUCAUGAAGUUUUUUCACUUACAUCAAAUAUAUUCUAUAAAUAUAUAUUAAAUGAUACAAGUGCAUCUAUUCAAACAACACUUAUUUAUGAAAAUAUAGGUAAUUUUACAGCAAAACCAUCUGUUGGUGCAUUAAUGAAUUUAUUAAGUAUAGCAUCAUGUUUUCUUAAAUUAUUACCAACAUCACUCAUACUUGAUGUAUUUCUAUUUUAUAUUUUAUUCUUUUAUACAACUGUCUUUUUAAUCAGUGAACGAAAAGAUAGUUUCUUAUCAUUAUUGACUAUUAGUGGUCUACAUCCAGCAUCAUAUUGGCUGUUUAGUUAUCUAUUUGAUUUAAUUAUUUCUGUUAUAUGGUUCUGUUAUUUACUUGCUGUUUAUUGCAUAACUAAUAUUGCUGUUAAUGGCUUACCAAACAAGAAAUCUCAAUUAGAAACUAUGAUUCCACUUGAAUUUGCUAGUCCAUGGAAUUUACGAGUACAAUAUUAUCCAUUAACAAUUUUAAUUGCAUUACCAACAUUGCCAUUUGCUUAUUUAUUAACAAAAUUUUUCAAAAGUGAUAUUCUUGGUGGUAUAACAAUAUGUUUUCUAUUAAUAAUUUUACAUUUUAUCAGUAUUAUUAUACCAGUAGUAACAAUGAUUGUUCAAAGUACCUUUGUUCAAAAACUUUUAUAUUGGCUAUUUAAUAUAAUAUCACCAAGCAUAAAUGCACAUGUUAUAAUAACAUAUAUUUUAGCACGAAAAAGUAAGUUUUGCAGAUUUAUUACAGAUCCAUUCGGUUUAAGUGACUUUGGACUGUCACUUUUUAAAGCAAUCGGUGAUGAUACAAUUGGAUGGAAUGGUGUAAUACUUGUUUUACAUGUGUUAUUAUUAUUAUUUGUAUUAAUAAUAAUUGACAGUGGUUUAUUACAAUUUUCAUUGUCAUGUUUAUAUAAAUCAAAUUUUGAUGAAAAUAAACUUGAUGAUGAUGUUUUAGCUGAACGUCAUCGAGUAUUAAGAUAUCAUAAAAAUCCAUCUGAAGAUAAAGAACAUGUUGAUCAUUUAAUAGUUAAGAAUCUUGUUAAAUAUUAUCCAAUACGUAAAGUUUUAGCUGUUAAUCAUUUAACAUUUGCUGCUCAACGUGGUGAAGCAUUUGGUUUACUUGGUUAUAAUGGUGCUGGAAAAACAACAACAUUUCGUGUUUUAGUUGGUGAUUUAAUGUCCACACAAGGUUCAGCUUAUAUCGAUGGACAAAAUGUUCAUCUUCGAAUAAGAUCAACACGUCAUUUAGGUUAUUGUCCACAAGAUAAUUGUAGUAUGGAAUUUUUAACUGUUCAAGAUAGUCUUUAUUUAUUAGCACGUAUACGUGGUAUUGAAUCUUCGCGUAUAAAAUCUAUUGUUGAAAAAAUGAGUUCAUUAUUUAUACUUGAUCCAUUUUUACAUAAUUAUAUACAUGAAUUAAGUGGUGGUACAAAACGUCGAUUACAUACGGCUAUAGCACUAAUCGGACCUCCAUUAGUUGUUAUUCUUGACGAACCAACAACUGGAGUUGAUCCAAAUGCUCGCCAACAAAUGCAAGAAAUAUUUUUAAAUGCUGUUAAAGCAAAAUUAACAAUUAUUUUAACUAGUCAUUCAAUGGAUGAAUGUGAACGUGUUUGUAAUCGUCUUGGCAUUAUGGUUAAUGGUCAAUUAGCUUGUUUAGGUACGAUACAACAUUUAAAAUCUAAGUUUGGUCAUGGUUAUACAGUUGAAAUAAAAAUUCGUUCAAAUAUUGAUGAUAUAAAUGCAACAGCCAUAAAAAAUGUUCAAGCAUUUUUAUUAUCUCAAAAACAAUAUCAUGUUGAAGUUAAAGAAACAACAUAUUCAACUGGUUUGUUUCAAAUUGAACGUAGUACACCAGCUGAAUUGUUCCAAUUACUUGAAGAAAAUAAACAAAGAUUAAAUAUUGAAACAUAUACGAUAUCACAAACAACGCUUGAACAGAUAUUUUUAUCAUUUGGAAAACAAAUUCAUGCGACUACUCAGUAA